UCAAAUUAAUCUUAUAAUUCUGAUAUCUAGUUAUAUUGAGUGAUAAAAUGUGUUAAGUUAUAAAUUAAACAAAGAUAUUGAGGUUAAAAGUGGUUCAUAACCUUAAAACGUGAAAUUUUAUUGUACGUAAUGAUUAAAUUAUUUGUUAUCGUGUUAUUUGCAACAUGUGGUGUUAUUUACGCGAAUCCCGACGCAAAGAGACUGUACGAUGACUUGUUGAGCAAUUACAAUAGACUUAUUCGACCGGUGGACAAAAAUAAUAACACUGUGCUCGUUAAACUGGGACUGCGUCUUUCUCAACUAAUUGACUUGAAUUUGAAGGAUCAAAUCUUAACUACGAAUGUGUGGUUGGAGCAUGAAUGGGAAGAUCAUAAAUUCAAGUGGGACCCUAACGAAUAUGGUGGGGUCAAGGAACUCUACGUGCCAUCUGAACAUAUCUGGCUACCUGAUAUUGUUCUGUACAAUAACGCUGAUGGAGAAUACGUAGUUACAACGAUGACUAAAGCAGUGCUGCACCAUACUGGUAAAGUACUGUGGACUCCGCCGGCGAUCUUCAAGUCUUCCUGCGAAAUCGAUGUACGAUAUUUUCCAUUUGACCAACAAACAUGCUUCCUGAAAUUCGGUUCCUGGAGUUACGAUGGAGAUCAGAUUGACUUAAAGCAUAUAAAUCAGAAGAAAGGUGAUAUGGUGGAGGUUGGUAUUGAUUUACGUGAAUAUUAUCCCUCUGUGGAGUGGGAUAUUCUUGGAGUUCCAGCUGAAAGACAUGAACGAUAUUACCCUUGCUGUCAAGAACCAUAUCCAGAUAUCUUCUUUAACAUAACAUUGAGGAGGAAAACAUUAUUCUAUACUGUCAACCUUAUCGUCCCCUGUGUGGGUAUAUCAUAUCUUUCGGUUCUCGUGUUCUACUUACCCGCGGAUUCUGGGGAAAAGAUAGCAUUAAGCAUUUCGAUUUUACUAUCGCAGACCAUGUUCUUUUUACUGAUAUCAGAAAUCAUACCUUCCACGUCUCUAGCUCUACCGCUUUUAGGUAAAUAUUUAUUAUUCACAAUGUUACUCGUUGGAUUGUCAGUAGUUAUAACGAUAAUAAUACUGAACGUACACUAUCGUAAGCCGAGUACACACAAAAUGGCGCCGUGGGUUAGAAAAUUCUUUAUAACAAAACUACCGAAGUUACUUCUUAUGCGAGUACCGAAAGAUCUGCUGAGAGAUCUGGCUGCUCAGAAAAUAGCUGGUAGAAGUAUGAAGAAGAAUAAAUUCAAGAACGCUUUGGCGGCGGUGGAACAGACGAACUCGAAUGCAUCCAGCCCGGACUCUUUACGUCAUAAUAUGCCCGGCGGAUGUAACGGCCUACAUACUACUACUGCAACUAACAGAUUUAGUGGACUGGUCGGUGCUCUGGGAAGUUUGGGUGCGGGGUACAACGGUCUUCCGUCGGUGAUGUCAGGCCUGGACGAUUCUUUGAGCGAUGUUGCCCCUCGCAAGAAGUACCCUUUCGAACUCGAGAAGGCCAUUCACAACGUCAUGUUCAUACAGCACCACAUGCAGCGGCAAGAUGAAUUUAAUGCGGAAGAUCAAGAUUGGGGUUUCGUAGCAAUGGUAUUGGACAGGCUGUUCCUUUGGAUUUUCACCAUCGCUUCGAUUGUCGGCACAUUCGCCAUCCUCUGCGAGGCGCCCUCUCUCUACGAUGACACUAAACCUAUUGACAUGGUCCUGUCAUCUGUGGCCCAGCAACAAUUUCUUCCAGUAGACAGCGGGGAUUCUUAAGUCACGAAUCAUAAAUUUACGAU